AUGGCAGCACCAGCAUGGCAUCACCAGGAUGGUGGCACUAGGACUGGCCUCACUGGUUGCGUGGCCAGACUGGAAAGGGAAAAACCCAGGAGGGCAAAAGGGUUGUGCUCAGCCUUUAUUAGCCACCAGAGAAGCCACACCCAGCCAGGCACGGCCACCGAGCUGCCCCAUCUCUCCGCAGUGGUGAAGGGGGGAUUUGCCCUGCCUGGGGAGGGGGUGCAGGGGGGGGUGAGGGGCUCCGGCUCUCACUGUCCCCUUCCCUCCUUGCAGAGCUCCUACCCCAUCUGGGAGGAUUUCAACUCGAAGGCCACCAAGCUGCACUCCCAGCUCAGGACCACGGUGCUGGCCGCAGUCGCCUUCCUGGAUGCCUUCCAGAAAGUGGCCGACAUGGCUACCAACACCCGAGGUGCCACGAGGGACAUCGGCUCCGCGCUGACCCGCAUGUGCAUGCGGCACCGCAGCAUCGAGGCCAAGCUCCGGCAGUUCACCAACGCCCUCAUGGAGAGCCUGAUAAACCCUUUGCAGGACAGGAUUGAGGACUGGAAGAAAACUGCCAACCAGCUGGACAAGGACCAUGCAAAAGAGUACAAGCGAGCCCGCCACGAGAUCAAGAAAAAAUCCUCCGACACCCUCAAGCUCCAGAAAAAGGCUCGCAAAGAGCUGCUUGGGAAGGGGGACCUGCAACCCCAGCUGGACAAUGCGCUGCAGGAUGUCAACGACAUGUACCUGCUGCUGGAGGAGACAGAGAAGCAGGCAGUCCGCAAAGCCCUCAUCGAGGAGCGGGGUCGUUUCUGCACCUUCAUCACCUUCCUGCAGCCCGUGGUGAACGGGGAGCUCACCAUGCUGGGAGAGAUCACCCACCUGCAGGGCAUCAUCGAGGACCUGGUGGUGCUCACCGCUGAGCCCCACAAAUUGCCCCCCGCCAGCGAGCAGGUGAUCAAGGACCUGAAGGGUUCUGACUACAGCUGGUCCUACCAGACCCCCCCAUCCUCGCCCAGCAGCUCCAGCUCCCGCAAGUCCAGCAUGUGCAGCAGCGUUAGCAGUGCCAAGGGUGGCAUGGCGUGGCCCGGCGGGGCUCAGACCUGCUCACCCAGUUCCACCUAUCGCUACCGCAGCCUGGCGCAGCCCCCCGCCGCCACCACCCGCCUCUCCAGCGUCUCCUCCCACGACUCCGGCUUCAUCUCUCAGGACGCUACUUACUCCAAACCGCCUUCCCCCAUGCCCUCGGACAUCACCAGCCAGAAGUCCUCCAGCUCGGCAUCCUCGGAGGCCUCCGAAACCUGCCAGUCGGUUAGCGAGUGCAGCUCCCCCACCUCGGACUGGUCCAAGGCCAGCCCCUACGACCAGCCAGUGGUCCCCACCUUGCAGCGGCGCAAGGACCGUGUGGAGCACCUGCGGGAAGCCGAGAUGGGUUCGCCUGCCAGUGGGUACUCGGGCAUCGGCGGCGAGGAUGCUCCCAGGCCCCGAAUGUCACCGGCUACGAUUGCCGCCAAGCAUGGGGAGGAGGUGUCCCCCGCUGCCAGUGACCUGGCCAUGGUCUUGACCCGGGGGCUCAGCCUGGAGCACCAGAAGAGCAGCCGGGACUCACUGCAGUACUCCAGCGGCUACAGCACGCAGACCACCACCCCCUCCUGCUCCGAGGACACCAUCCCUUCCCAAGGCUCUGACUACGACUGCUACUCGGUGAAUGGCGACGUGGAGUGUGACCCCCAGAGCGACUUCGACAAGUCCUCCACCAUCCCACGCAACAGCAACAUUGCCCAGAACUACCGGCGGAUGAUCCAGACCAAGCGUCCUGCCUCCACUGCCGGGCUGCCCACCGGCACCAACCUACCAGCCGGCACCACCCCAGGGGUGGCCACCAUCCGCCGCACGCCCUCCACCAAGCCCUCGGUCCGCCGUACUCUCUCCAACGCUGGCCCCAUCCCCAUCCGACCCCCCAUCGUCCCCGUGAAGACCCCCACAGUGCCCGACUCCCCUGGCUACGCUGGCCCCACACGGGUGGGGAGCGAAGAGUGCGUCUUCUACGCUGACGAUGCCUCGCCGAACCCUCUGGAUUUUGCCAAAGCUUCGCCCAAGCGGCUGAGCCUUCCCAACACCGCCUGGGGCGGCGGUGCCAUGGAGAUCUCCGUCUACCCUGGGGCCGGCCAGCACCUCUCCGCUGAGGAAGAGGAGGACCAACAGUUGGCAGCAAACCGGCACAGCUUGGUAGAGAAGAUCGGUGAGCUGGUGGCUGGUGCCCACGCCCUGGGGGAAGGCCAGUUCCCCUUCCCCACCGCCCUCGUGGGGUCUGGCCCCAGUGAGGAGACCCCUGCACCCCCUCCGGCAGCCUCCAUGGACCCCCCGGCCGAAGACAUGCUGGUGGCCAUCCGGCGCGGGGUGCGCCUGCGCAGGACCGUCACCAACGACAGGUCGGCCCCGCGGAUAUCGUGAUGACACCCUGGCCAGCGGGGACGCGCCCGCCGUAGCCGACGGACCCCCCGGGGCCACCCACUGCGCCUCCCUGGG